CGUCAGGUACUUUUCCAAAUUCCUACGAGGUUACUUCGUCAGGUGUAUGCAUGAUUAGAUCGUGGGUGCGUAAGCGACACUCUUUCGAGAUCUCGUCGCCGUCGGUACGGCGCGCCACUCCAGACGGUUGUUCCGAUGCAGAUGCCAGACCAGCGUGUCGAACGCACAGACAGGAAAUAAUUGAGACACUUCAUCGACGGGAAACCCUCGAGCCGAGACGAGUCCAGAAUGACGAUUAACGGCACCGAGUCAUUUUUCGCGGGCUAUGAGCUGAAGGAGCUGACCUUCGGAUGGACCGAUUACACUCUUUUUGGCGGUCUGCUGGGCGUCAGCAUGCUCAUUGGCGUCUACUUCGGCUUCUUCAGCACGAAGCAGGAUAAUACCACCGAGUAUCUGCUCGGCGGCAAGACCAUGUCCUUCGUGCCGAUCAGCAUGAGCUUGAUAGCAAGUCACAUAUCGGGAGUGUCAUUACUCGGCGUGCCCUCCGAAGUGUAUCAGUACGGGACGCAGUACGCGGCGUGUAUUUUCACGUCUUUCAUAACGUGCUUCUUAAUUGUAUGGGUGUACUUGCCGGUGUUCCACAAGCUGCAACUCACCAGCACUUUCGAGUACUUGGAGAUGCGGUUUGCUAGGCCGGUGCGGCAAUUUGCGUCGUUCCUCUACACCCUUUCGCUGGUCGUCUACGUGCCGUUGAUCAUCUACGUGCCGGCGUUAGCAUUCUCGCAGGCGACCGGUAUGAAUCUGCACUUCGUCGCGCCGGUGAUAUGCAUGGUGUGCAUCUUUUACACGACAAUAGGAGGCCUGAAGGCUGUCGUAUGGGCGGACACAGUUCAGAUGUCGGUGACUGUCGGAAGUCUCGUUGCCGUUUUGAUCCUGGGGACCAUCGCCGUGGGCGGCGUCAGCGAGACGUGGAGAAUCGCCCAGGAGGGUGGAAGAAUCGUGUUCUGGAACAUGGAUCCGAGUCCCUUCGUUAGAAAUUCGUUUUGGGGCAUGUCAGUGGGAAUGGUGAUGACGUGGUUAGCUGGGUUGGGUAUCAGUCAGGUCUCCAUGCAAAGGUUCUUGGCGGUACCGAACAUCAAAGAAGCCAAAAAGUCGGUAUGGUUCCUGGCUGUGGGUCAGGUGGUCGUAAAACUAAUCUCCGUCUUCACCGGCCUUACAAUGUACGCUAGGUAUUAUAAGUGCGAUCCUAUAACCACGCACGUUGUAGCAAGAAGCGACAAGAUAUUGCCAUAUUACGUGCUGGACGUAGCCGCGAACGUCCCAGGACUUCCUGGCCUCUUUCUCGCCGGCCUGGUGAGCGCCGGUCUCUCGACGAUGAGCGCCGGACUGAACACAGUCACUGGCACGAUUUACGAGGAUUUCAUCAAUCCCUGGAUGCCAGAGAGCAACGACAAAGAGACUAAAGCCGCCAACAUUAUGAAGGUCACAGUGGUUAUCUUAGGCUUCUUGUGCGUCGGCAUGGUGUUCCUCGUGGAUCGUCUCGGUGAUAUCUUCAGCUUGUCCCUGACCGUAACUGGCAUCACCGCCGGCACUAUGCUGGGUCUAUUCUCAUUGGGGAUACUGGUGCCUUGGGCGACGGCCAAAGGCGCGAUGAUAGGUGCCCUGAUCUCGAUGGUGACGAUGAUGUGGAUCAUCGUCGGCGCGCAAUGGCACAUGGUUAAUCAUCAUUUCUCUUAUCCCUCGCUCCCCACCUCGACCGAGGGUUGCCUGCGAACGUCAACGGGUUUGCUCAAUCAGACGGCGACGAUUACCACUACCACGCAGAAUCCGGUGCAGAUUGAGUCCGCGGAUGAGCCCUUCUUCAUAUACAGGAUAUCCUUCAUGUACUACACGAUGUUGGGGGCUUUGAUUGUGAUGGUGAUCGGCACGAUAGUCAGCUUUAUCUGCGGCGCGCCUGAUUUGGGCGACCUCGAUCGAGAUCAUUUCCCACCAUUUAUCACCAGAUUCAUGCCAACGAAAAAAUAUAUGGAAGUGUCGUUGCAUGCGGUGCCGACCGCGCUGGUAACCAAUUCCGAGAAGGAGGAGUUGAAGUCUUAGAAUAAGAAUAUCAUCGUAUAUAUCUUCUCGUCCGCGACGUUACGAGAAUGUCAUUACGGCGGAAGGGUGCGACGCGUACUCGACCUAGUUUGUCAAAUCGCUCGAUUGCGAGUCCAAUGAUCUCUGUGACGAUAUUAUAUAUUCUGUAAUCGAGAGCACAUUAGCUUAAAUAUUCUAUUGUACAGCAUUCGAAGCGAAUUCAUACGCGAAGACUGGUCUCAUCUCGCGGGCUGGUCCGACACCUCGGACAUGUCGUUAUCGAUACAAAGGCGCUCGUAGAUUCCUGUAAACCGCCCGAGAAGGGAAGCAACGAUCAAUAAAUCCCCAAACAGUCCA